GCGGGCCGGGGCGGAUUGAGCGGCCCCUCCGCCUGCCCUCUCUAGGCGGCCCGUAGUCCGGGCUCGCUGGUUCACGGGCCGCGCUGUCACAUCAUGGCGGACGAGGGCGACUCUGAGCCGAGGAAGUCCUUUAAGCUCCUAGGAUUUCUUGACGUUAAAAGUGUCCCGUGUGCACGAGAAUCAGUGCUCUAUGGCUCCCUGGGUUCUUUAGUUGUGGGUCUUGGACAUUUUUUAGCAACUAGUAGAGUUAGAAGAUCUUGUGACUUUGCAGUUGGCGGCUUUAUUUGUACGAUGUUAGGAUACUGGUUUUACUGCAGGUACAACUUGGCCCAACACAGGAUCCAGCAAAGAAUGCUUAAAGAAGGAAUGAGAAACAAAAUUUUAUUUGAAGGCAGUUCCCUUGACCCAGAAAGAAAACAAACUGGCAAUGAAAGAAGCGAUUCAUAGUCUGCUAUACAGGAAUCUGUGGUCUAAUAGAGUUUUGGGAGAAGGUGGUCCAAAAAUGGCAGUCUUCCCUGUAAAUGUGCCUAAAACUGAUAAAUCAUGCUGGUUUUCCUAGCAAAUCUGAGCAAGAAAGUCAUAGUGAAUCUGUUAAGUCAGUAUACAGGCCUUUCUUUUUUUCAUACUUGUACGGAUGUGUAUGACUAUGUACACAGUUGGGAACGACCUCCUGUUGAACACCUGGGAACUGACAUGUUCUGAUACAGGGUCUCAGGAUUAAUGACAGUGUUUUGGGGCUGCUUUAACUUCCGUCAUAAACAGAAUGGUUUGUUUUACCAAACUUGUAAUUACAUCUCAUUUAAAUACAGGAAAAUAUUUUCAUCAGCUGCUCUCUGCGUAAAUUUAUCCGUCCGUGCUACUGUUAAUUGUGGUGUUUGUAAAACAGGAAUAUUUAAGCAGUAAGUGAAGGCUUUGCUGGUGCGAAGUGGGUGGUAUCAGUAGCCUUUGUUAGAUUUCAGCUGCAGGAUAACUUCAGAUAACUUAUAUACACUGUGAAUUUGAGGGUUUUCCAUUUUUGUUCUGCCUGUGUGAAACUAAGAAUAAAAUCGCACUUCAGAAGCA